ACAAGAACCACGUCCAAAUAGUUUUGUUUAUAACAUUGGCGUAUCUUAAUUACGUGCCUAAAUGUGGCGGUAAUGACAGGAAACAUCGUUCCACAGUAAAUCCUUUUGUUAUAACAAGGUGCAUGCCCUUGGAUAAAACUUUGAGAGCUCGUCACAAAGCUUGUUUUUUGAGGCCUGAUACCGGGCCGUGUAGAGCGGACAUAUUGCAAUGGUACUAUGACGUCAUUAAGAGGAAGUGUUACAGGUUUUUCUGGGGAGGCUGUCAGGGAAACGGGAACAGGUUCGAAACUGAAAAGGACUGUAGAGAAUAUUGCGCUCUGAACAGCACACAUCCGCCGGUUAAAAUUCCAUUUUUCUGCAACCUGGCGUUUGACUAUGGGACAUGUUUCGCAGAUUAUCAAAGAUGGACUUUCGAUAAGUUUUCAAAGACUUGUCGCCUCCGCCUCUACUCCGGAUGUGGGGGGAACCAGAACAAUUUCGAAACCAAGGAGGCCUGCGCGAAGACCUGCAUCAGCUACCCCAACUCCACUUUCAACAGUUACCACAACUAUAACAUCUGUAUACCCCUGUCGAUGGCAGAUUAUAACUGACUUACCCGUGAACUGAGUAUUAAU